CGUCUCCAUCCGUCGCGUUGCGCCGUGUUACGUCGCGUCACGUUACGUCGCGUCACGUUACGUCGCUUCGGCGCCGCGCGGGAGGGAGCGGGCCAAGAUGGCGGCGGGGCCCAUCUCGGAGCGGAACCAGGAUGCGACCGUGUACGUGGGGGGCUUGGACGAGAAGGUCAGCGAGCCGCUGCUGUGGGAGCUCUUCCUCCAGGCGGGCCCCGUGGUCAACACCCACAUGCCCAAGGAUCGAGUCACAGGCCAGCACCAGGGCUAUGGGUUCGUGGAGUUCCUCAGCGAGGAGGACGCAGAUUACGCCAUUAAGAUCAUGAACAUGAUCAAAUUGUAUGGGAAGCCGAUCCGAGUGAACAAAGCCUCAGCUCACAACAAGAACCUGGAUGUGGGGGCCAACAUCUUCAUAGGCAACCUGGAUCCCGAAAUCGACGAGAAGCUGUUGUACGACACCUUCAGCGCCUUCGGGGUCAUCUUACAGACACCCAAGAUCAUGCGGGACCCAGACACGGGCAAUUCGAAGGGCUAUGCCUUCAUCAACUUUGCCAGCUUUGACGCUUCUGACGCUGCCAUCGAGGCCAUGAACGGACAGUACCUCUGCAACAGGCCCAUCACUGUCUCCUACGCCUUCAAGAAAGAUUCCAAAGGCGAGCGGCACGGCUCAGCCGCCGAGCGGCUCCUGGCAGCCCAGAACCCGCUCUCGCAGGCAGAUCGGCCACACCAGCUGUUCGCCGACGCUCCUCCUCCUCCGUCUGUCCCCACCCCUGUGGUCACUGCUCUGGGACCUGGCGUCACCCCUCCAGGCCUUCCACCCCCAGGAUCAUUCCCACCUCCGGUGCCACCCCCUGGAGCAAUGCCUCCUGGUAUGCCUCCUGCCAUGCCACCCCCGCCAAUGCCACCUGGAGCCGGUGCCCCCGGGCCCCCUACCGGGGCUGCGCCCACCGGAGGGCACCCGCCUCACCCACACGCCUUCCCACCAGGCGGUAUGCACCACCCAGGAAUGCCUCCCAUGCAGGUGCACCACGGCCCGCCCGGGAUGGGCCAGCACCACCCAGGACCGCCAGGCUCUGGAGGCCAGCCCCCCCCGCGGCCCCCACCUGGCAUGCCGCACCCCGGCCCCCCGCCCAUGGGUAUGCCACCAAGAGGGCCUCAUUUUGGGUCGCCUAUGGGUCACCCCGGCCCCAUGCCGCACCACGGGAUGCGCGGCCCUCCUCCGCUGAUGCCUCCCCACGGGUACAACGGCCCCCCUCGCCCCCCACCAUACGGCUAUCAGAGAGUCCCCCUCCCUCCCCGGCCGGCUCAGAGACCCCCCGGGGUGCCCCCACGUGGCCCCCUGAGAGGCCCCCUGCCCUAAGGGCCGUGGUGGCCUCGCCGUGCUGCCAGGAGUCCUUCCCUCAGGCUGCUGUUUGCCCCUGGGCUAACGUAGCUGCGCCCGAAGGGAAGAGGCGUAGUUGGGUCCACCCCUCUCACAGUUCCCCCCUCUUUCUUUUCUUCUCCUGCUCGUCUUUUUCCUCAUUUCUUUUUGUAGUGCUCAUUUUGUUGUUUUCUUUUUCCUCCUCCCUCUCUUUGACGACUUUUCAUGGUAACUUUAACGGGAUUUUUUUUUCCCCUAUAAAGCAACGAUUGCCCAUUUACAAAUAAAACGUUUUAAGAAUA